AUGCCUACCAGUGCAUCGGGCCAAAACGACAACAAGGGCCACAAACCGCCCUCCCCUUUCCGCCAAAUCAGAGCAUGGUUCGAUGAGGAAAGUAUUACGGUCUACCAGGCCUAUAAUUUGUCCAUCGCGACGGCAGCUGUGAAGGCCCAGAGGCUCGACGCGUCGCCGGGCUUCAAAGUCACCCGGAUGACCUGGAUCAAGCCGAGCUGGGCCUGGAUGCUGUAUCGCGCGGGGUAUUCGUUCAAGGAUCCGGGACAGGAACGUAUCUUGGCGCUCAAGAUGAGGCACGGCGACUUUAUCGGUUUGCUUCGAAAGGGUGUUAUAGCUCGUCGUGGAAACGAGAACAGGGACGGCCGCGAAAUCAAGAUUCAAUGGGACCCUGAGCGGGACGUGCGCCUGGAGAGACUGCAGCACCGCAGCAUACAGAUCGGCAUCCCCCCCGAUAUCUGUCGGGAUUGGGUCGCCACCAUGAUUGUUGGCAUCGAGGAUGUCACGGCGCGUGCCAGGAAACUGAAGAGGGUUUUGGAAGAGCGGCCCGGCGUCGAUGAUGGGGAACUAAUCGAUCUGGGACUGCUCCCAGCGGAGAAGGAAUUUGAGGUUCCAAAGGACGUGGAAGAGCUUCUCGAGAUGAACCCGUCCGAGAGACUAUAUGACUAA